AUGACUCUCAAAGAUUCAAAUUCCAUUCAAGUUCAAACCACUUCUUCUUCAUCAUCAGCAACAACAACCACACAACGUAGUCAUACCAAAUUCUCUCCAGUCUUUCCAUCUGAUUACAUUGAAGUUGUUGUAUUGGGAAAUGAAUCAUCUGGUAAAUCAAGUAUUAUUCGUCAAUACAUUUCUUCACAAUUUACAGAAGAAUAUGUGCCAACUGUCACAGAACAUUACUACAAAACCAUUCAAGUGGAUGAUGACAGUGUCACAUUGAGUAUUAACGAAUGUGGAGGAAAGGGUGAAUACAAACAAUUACAAAAACAAUAUAUUGCUGAUGGAAAUGCUUUUUUGAUUGUGUGUAGCGUUCUCGAUGAACCAACACAAUGUGAAGAAUUGAUUGAUGACAUUGUGAAACAAAUCAACAGCAGAGUUUCAUCUCAACCAACCAUCGAAGGUCUCUCCAACAGUGGACAAAUCAUUGGUGGACUCGAUCAGACACCUGUUGUCAUUGUUUUGAACAAGUGUGAUAUUUUAGAGUCACAAGAAAAGUAUUUGGAUGUUCUCGACAAGGAAGAUAUUGAAAAGGCAGAAUCCAUUCCAAAAUUGGUUGAAAGAAAAGCUCAACAAUACAAAAUUCCAUUCAUGUGUUGCAAUGCAAGAGAAACUCUUCAAGUGAAUGACAUUUUCAAUGUUCAUCUCUUGAAAGAAUUGUUGAGAAAGCAAAAACCUGUCACUGCCAAAGUAUCCAUUGCUGCAAAUGCUGACGUUGAGAUUCAAAUGAAACAAUUGGCAAGAGAAAAUAAUGUCACAGAGUUAUUGGGCUUGUUAAGCAAGUCACAACCUUCUGAAGAAUGUUUCAAGAAAUUGUUUUUCAUUUCCAUUCUCCAUGAAGAUGCAAACUUGUUGAAAGAGUUGAUUGCAUACAAUAAGAAACAUCAUUGUGUUAAGGAACAACUUGGAAGAGUUGAAAUGUUAGUCGAUGAAGAGUCACACUUUAAGGCAAAUCUUUUAUUGUUUGCUCUCAUGGAAGGAAAUAGAAAAGCAUACAAGAUUUUGAAAGAGGAAGGUCUUCGUUUGAAGGCAUCCAAACUUCCAAAACAACAAAAUUUACUCUUAAUUAUUUUACAAUCAUUAGAGAAUGGAAAUGAGCAACAACAAGAUUCAGAAGAGUCCAUUUCAUUUACUCUUGAUCACGACAAUUAUUCACAUGAAAAGGAUGUUUUCUUGACUGAUCUCGCUCUCGAAAUAUUGACAGAACAAGAGAAUGAAUUGGCAGCCUAUGUUAACAUUCCAUGUGUCAUUGACAAUGAAGUUAGAUAUCCUAUUCAUUAUGCCAUUGAAUUGAAGAGUUAUUUAAUUGCAGAUUGGUUAUUGAGACACAAUGCCAACGUUGAUGUCAGAGAUUUUGCUGGAAAAACUGCAUUACAUCGAGCUGUUGAAAGUGGUCAAGUGAAACUUGCCAAAUUAUUGCUCGAACACAAGGCAAAUGCAACAGCAAGAGUUGAAAAUAAUUCUGGUGUUCUAAAGAGUAUGGAACGAAUUAUUUGUGAAGAAUGUCCAAUGGAAUGGAGAGAGCCCAUGAUUGCUCUGCUUGCAAAAUAUGGACUUGCUGCUCAUUUGUCAUCUCCACAAUGGAAAACGAUUGAACUAGGCCAUUCUGUGAGUCAUGAGAAAUGUGAAACCACUCUUGAAAGAUCUCUCUCUUUCUAUGAUUAUUACAUCAAAUUACGUUUGCAUGUGAGUGAAAAUUCUUCACAAUUACAUUCUGUGUCGUACCAUUUCGUCACUGGAGGAGGUGCCAACCAUGAAUUCACACUUGAACAAGUUUCGAAGAUUCGUAAUGAUUCCAUUCAACAAGUGUCACUUUUAUUCCAAUCUAAAUCUACUCAAGCAGUUGUGAGAUGUGUUGUGAAUUCAUUGGGAGAAGUGAAUGUUGUCAAACCACUUCCAGAUGAAAUUGUUGUUUUUAUUGGAGAAUCUGGUGAAUCGAGCUCUCUAGUUUGUAAAUCAACACUCAUUACCAAUUAUAUGGAAAAUAUUCCAUCCAGUGGAGAUGAUUUAUAUUCAAAAGAAUUGAAAGUUUAUGAUCAAGUGAUUUCUCUCAAUUUAUUGGAUGUCAAUGGAGAUGAAGAGGAAUAUCUUGAUGAAAGAAUUCACAACUCUAAUGCAUUUAUUCUCGUCUGUUGCAACAAUCAAAAGAAUACGAUUGACAUUUUGAAUGAAUUAGUUGAAGAAAUUCAAUUUGUGAAAAGAACCGAUGUUUCAAAAAUUCCAAUCGUUCUUGUCCAAAUUAAUGAAGCCAUUUCCAAUUCUGAAGAUAAUAGUGCUCUCACGAAUAUUGCAAAGAAAUUGAAUGUUCCACAUUGUUGGGUCAGUGCUUCGAAUCGUGAUGCUUUGAAUAAUUUGUUUGAACAUGUCUUGUUGAAUGAAGUGAUGAAAAAACAAUCACCUUUGAAGCAAUAUUUUCAAUGA